AUGCGCAGUCAUUCUACAAAAGAUCCAUUUCGUGAAAAUUUUCAAAAGCUCAUGAAAAAGAAAAAAAAACCUGAACAAGUCAGGAAAUAUGAACAAUUCAGGAAAAAAAAGAAGAAAAAAAAAAAUAUACACAAUAUAACAAAAGACUUUAUAGAACCACAUAAAAUGUUAGAGAAAUUUAAAAGUAUAAAGAAGAAAAAGUGUUUCUUUAUUUUAUCUCUAAAUAUAGAUAAGAAGAAUGAAGAAAAGUUGAGAAAUUCAAAAAAUAAAAUAAAAUUUAUAUACGAAAAUUUUCUGGAAAAAGAUGAUCAAAUAAUAGUUAAACCUAGUAAUAAAUUUUUAGAUACAUGUAACCAUGGACAAAUAAAACCAUGCUCUUUAAAAAAAUGUUAUAAUAAGGAUGAUAUAAAAGUAAAUUUCUUAAAUGAUAUGGAAACUGAAUUAAAGUUAAAUGUGUUGCAUAAAAAUGUAAAAUAUAAUGAAAAUAUAGAAAAUAAAAAACGUAUAGAAGGAACAGAAAUAGAAAUGUUAAAAAAUAUGUCUUAUAAAGAAAAUAAUAUAUCUACAAGUAUAAGAAAAAAAGAGAAUGGUUACGGAUCAACAAAUGAAACAUCUGAAAAUUUUUUAAUAAAAAACCAUUAUAUGAGACAAAAUAAAAAUGUCUAUAUCAAAUGGAUAAGAGAAAAAAAAGAAGAUGAUUCUUUUGAAAAAAUAAAUUAUAUGAAAUCAAAUAACUUUGCAUUAAAUAAUAAUAAGAUAAAAAUAAAUUUUGACAAAACAAAAGUUAAAUUUGUACAUUUAAAAUGUCCAACCAAAAAAUUAGUAAAAACACAUAAUCAUAAAAAUAUAAAAGAACAUAUAUACUUAAAGGAUAUUUUUGAUUUGAAAAAUCAAAAGACAAAAAAUAUAUUAACAAAUUUUAUAAGAAGAGAAAAUAAAAAUGAAGAUAUAAAAGAAAAUGAACCAAACAAUUUUAACAAGACGAACUUAAAUAAUACUAUUAAAAGGAAAAUUAUCUUUUCAAAUAUUUAUAAAAAUUAUUUGAUAAACAAAUAUAAAUCUAGCAAUGAAUUUUUAAAAACAAAUCGCUUUAAUUCGAAAGGAUUUAUUAUGAACCAAUUUCUUAACAUAAAUUCGUUCACAGAUAAUAAUACAAAUGCGGAUCAUACAAACUUUGAAAUAAAUGAGAACACAAAUAAUAUAAAAGAUGUUAAAAAUGUUAGAAAUAUAAAUACAUGUAAUAAUAAUAGUAAUAGUAAUAACAAUAUAAGAGAUAUGAUAAAAAAAAAAAAUUUAUACCAUCAAAAUGAAUAUAAUAGAAAUGUUAUAGAUACAAAUAUUUGUGAUAGAAAAAAAAUAAGAACAACAUAUCUAAAUUUUCUACCUAAGGAAAAGAAAGGAUAUUUGAAUAGCUUUUUACAUGAUAUAUAUCGUCUUGAUAGGACGUUUAAAUUACGGAAAAAAAAUAAAAUAUUAGGAAAAGAUAGAAUAGUAAAAUUAUUUGUGGAUAACGAUAAUGUAUAUAUUAAAGAUUUUAAAAUAUAUCAAAAUGAAGAAAGAUAUAAAAAUGUGUUAUCAAAUGUAAAGGAUAUAGAAAUAAUGAAAAGAGAUAUUUUAAGUUUACCAGAAAAUCCAUUACAUUUAUAUGAACUUGAAAAUUAUAAAUGUAAAAUAAAUACAAGUAUUAUAUAUAUACCUGCACUAAAAAUAGAAAAUGAAGAUAUGAAUCUUUUUAAAUACAAAAAUACAUGGUAUGAACUUUUUUUUUAUAAUAAUCAAAAUAAUAAAGAUACCUUAUACAAUUAUCAAAUAAUACGUCUAAAUUUUGAACUGAUGGUUUCAAAAAUAAAAGAUAUUGUUAUUAUAGAUAAGAAUACUCAACAUUUUAAUUAUCCGUAUAUUUAUAAUGCAUAUUUAGUACCACCGAUAGAUGUAUACCAGCUCGAUAAUUCCUUAAGAAUACAAAAAAUUACUAGUGAUAAUGCCUUUAUAAAUAAUGGUUCUUGGACAUUUUUUCAAAAAAAAAAAAAAAGAAAUAGUUAUGAUAUAAAUAUGAGAAGAAAUAAAUAUUAUAUAGAUAAUUGUUCUACAAUCAAAGCUGUUAAAAAAAAUUUCCAUCUACAUCUAAAAAAUGAUAUAGAUUCAUCUUUUUUAAAAUUAAAAGAAAAUCAAAAUAAAAAUCAAUAUCAAUAUCAAAAUAAAAAUAAAAAUGAUUUAAAUAAUAAUAAUAAUAAUAAUAAUACAUGUAACCAUAACACUAACACAUUAACAAUAGAUAAACAAAAUAAUGAUACUUAUAUGAACUUGUUUCAAAAUAAAAAACAAAAUUUUUUUAAUUUAUAUAAUAAUACAAUUAAUAAAUCAAAUGAACUAUAUAAAAAUAAGGUUUCCAUAAAAUUAUUGCCCAAUUAUAUUUUUGAAUCAAAUAUACAUAAAAAGAAUUCACAAGAAAUAAUAGACAAUAAAAAUGAUGUUUCUAUAUUUUAUAAACAAAAUAAAAAUAUUUCUUUUUAUGAUGAUAUUAUAUAUGAUUGUUCAUGUAUAUAUAUGACAUUUAGUAAUAGCAAAUUAGAACCCGUGUAUCCUUAUAUUAGUAAUAACCUUUUCUUUCUUUUUGAAUAUUAUUAUAAUUAUUUAGUAAAUAUGAUUAAGAAUGUUAAGUUAAAUAAAAUAAAGUACAAAUCUAUUUUACCAAAAGGUAAAUAUUUAUCAUGUAGUAAUAAAAAUAUAGAAACUAAUAAAAACAUCGUUUAUAAUAAUAAAGGUAAAAUGAUCAAAAAUGUAAAGCAGAGUACAGAAAAUAAAUUUAUGUAUCUAAAAAGGAAUCGUGCUUUAGCAAAUAUUAUGUAUAAACAUAAAUUUAUACAGAAUGUAAGUUAUGCAGCUAGGAAUAAAAGCAGCUUUCUUAAGAUACCUAGGAAAACACAAAUACAUAAUUUUAAAAUAAGGAAUUUUCUAAAUUUUAAAUUGUAUAAUUCUAUUUUUGAUACAAUAAGGGAAAAAAAUAGAAGCAAAAUAAAAAAGGAGCUAUCCAAAGAAGAAGUACAGGUACCUAUUUUUUUAUGGGUUAUUUUUGGAGGAAAAGAUAUGAAAUCAAUGGAUUCUUUAAAUAUUGUCUAUAAAGUAUUGAGAUAUGCGACUGAAAUCCCUCCAGAUGAAUAUCAAAAAUAUAUAAGAAACUUGAAAAAAGUUCAAAUAAAUAAAAGUACCAAUGGGACAUUACAAAAAGAUUUUUCUAUUAAUAAUAUGUUCAGGAAUGUAAAACAAGAAAAGGAAAGAACCAAAUAUAAAUAUGAACAUAAUGAUUUGACAAGACGAGAUGUAAUAAACAAACAUAUAACAAAUCAAAAUGUAACACAUCAUACUUCUCAAAAGUUUCAUAAUUUACCAAAAAAUAUAUUUUAUGAUACCAAUUUGUAUAAUACAUCUACAGAAAUUUACAAAAGGAUUCUAAAAUAUUAUGAUAAUUAUAAGGAAAAAUAUAAAGAAUAUGGCCCACAUAAUUAUCACGAAUUUCUUGAGUAUUAUAAGAAUAUAAGAAAAAAUAAUUACUAUGAUAAUAUGUAUGUUCAUACACCUAAUAUUAAGAAAAACGUGCAAAAUAUGAAUACUUUUGAAAGGUUCGAUCAAGAAAAAAAUAACAAAAAAUGUCUUAAAAAAUACGGAAGAUGUGUCAAAUUUGCACAGAUGCAUUCAAACAAUAAAAAUAAUUGUGUGGAUAAUACAUUAAAAAGAAAUGAGAGCCCACGUUUUAUUGAUAAAGAAAAAAGUUCGUCUGAAGAAAUGUUGGAUAAAAUAGAACACCAUUUAAAAGAAAAAAAUGAAGAAAUCAGUGAAAAAUUAAGUGAAGAAAUAAGUGAAGGAAAAAAGGACGGAGCGAUGGAGGAUACAUGUGAUAAGACACAUGAAGAGACGAAUAACGAAACAGACGACGGAAUAAAUAAAAAGACAUACAAUAAAAUAUACAAUGAAACAUACGAUGAAACAUACGAUAUACCAAGUGCACAAAAAAAUAGAGGAGAUUCAGAAUGGUACGAUUUAUACAUGGAACCAAGUGAUAAUGAAAAUAGCGAUGUAAACACAGAUGAUGAACUUUACAAUUUUAUAUCUUAUCAUAUGCAAGGAAGAAAUCCGUCUUUUGAAAAAAAAAAAAAAAAAAAUAAUAAUAAUUGGAAUAAAGAAAAAUUAAAUUAUACAGAUAUAUAUGGACCUGUUAUAUAUAAAAAGAAAAAGAAAAAUCAAAAUGCUGAAUAUGCUUUUUUAUUGUUAGAUUACCCUGCAUAUAAUAAUAGUAUAGGUCACCCAUCUCCUUUAACAUUCAAAACGAGUGCUAUGUCAGCUUUGAAAGUUGCCAUAAAAGAAAUUAAGGAAAAGAAUAAAAACAAUAAUAGUAUAUCAAUAAAUAUAUUUGGUUAUUCUUUAGGUUGUUCUGUUACUUUACAGUUAGUUUUAGAUAUUGCUAAAAGUUUGUAUAACGACUUUUUCGAAGAUAUUAAAAAAGUUUGUUAUGAAGGAAAAGAAAUUGAGCCAAUUAAAGAGAUAAAGAAUGAAGGUAAUUUAUAUAUAAAAUUAAAUAAUAAUAAUAAUAAUAAUAAUAAUGAAAAAAUAAAUGAAUAUGUGUAUGAUGAAAAGAAAAUAUUGACAUUUCAAGAUAUAUUAGGUGACCAGAUCAAUUGUUCAUCUUCUAGUAUUAUGAAAGAAUAUAUUUUAAAUCGUAAAAGAUAUAAUAAUGAAAAAAGCAUAAAUGAACAAGAUAAAAAAGGAGAUGAUUUUUGUGAUAAUAUUUUAUGUCCUAUAAAGGAUAAUAAUGAUUCUGAUAUGAAUAUGAUUACAAAAGAAAAUACGUUUGACAUUUAUACAAAUUUUGAUAAUGUAAAAGAAAAGAAUUAUAAUAUAGAAAAAAAAAUUACAAUAAAUGAAUUAUUAAAUAAAGUAAGAGAAAGAAAGAAAAGAAAAGAAGAAAUAUUAAAAGAAUAUUUAAAAAUUACUGUUGACAAAGUUGUGCUGGUUGCUCCAUUUACUAAUACACAACAACUAGUAAAAAGUGUUGUUAAUAAUAGUGUCCUAUUUUUAUUAAGCUCCUUUAUUAUGAACAAAAAAUGUUCUUAUGUUCAUUGGGACAAUAUGAUCGUAUUAAAAGAAUUUUUUAAAAUUAUUAAUGAUUUUAAAAAGAAUAAAUAUUUAAAUGAUAUUUUUUAUAAUUUACAAAUUGAUUUUAUACAUGGGCAAAAAGAUACUCUUGUAAAUUAUGAAAUGAGUAUGAAAUUAUAUAAUUUAACAAAUAAACUCAUUUUUAAAUAUUCUAUAAACAAUAUCAAAACUUUCUUACAUAUUUUUAAAGAUGAUUGUCAUUCUUCGGUUUUUAAUUCUGAAGCAGAAAAUAAAAUUUUACAAAUCAUGUUUAGACCAUUGAAAUUACACCCUUUUAGUACAAUCAACAUACACAAAAUUCAUUAUAAUCUUUACAAAGAUAUUUAUUUGUUAAAGACAACCUAUUUAAGAUUUAUAGCUAGCGCUAGCUCAAAAAUUUUAAAUAGCUAG